AUGGAAGCCCUCGAUCUCCCCGCUACAGUCGAGCCCUUGCAGCCAGCGUUCAGCAGUCGUCCCGGUCCUGUAUGUGUGGGUGGAGAAGGGGUCUUCCAAGCCGCCUUUCUCGGCAAUUCAUCGUCCAACACUCGCCGUAAGCUACUACCGUCCCGUUCCUGCUCUCCGCAUCGCUCCAUCGGGGUUCAACGCAUACUGGGACGCACCGCAGUUGGCACUAUGGAAGCCCUCGAGCCCCCCGCCACAGUCGAGCAAUUGCAGCCAGCGAUCAUCAGUCGUCCCGGUCCUGUGUGUGGGAUGGGUGAAAGGGUCUUCCAACCCGCCACAAAUGGCAAGUAUACAUCUGAUCCGAACACUUCAAGCGCUGAUGUAUUCUUCGCUUCCAGUAAUUUGCCUUUUGCUCUAACAUCUUGUGACGAGAUGUCAACUAUUUCUGUCGCCGAUGAUGAUCGCUGCAUUCUGGAGCGCGAUGCAGUUGAUUCGCCCUCUGCAGAACCUGAUCCGUCAUCCAAUAACAUCGAGAUUUACUACCAGAAUACUAUUACAAGUACGCUGAAUAGCUUGUGUCCUCCCACCCGUGCCGUGGCAGCCUGGGAUUGA